AUGGCUCCACUGCUUUCGCAUCAGCCACUUAAGGCGAUCGCUACGCUUAUUCUUAUUGCAUCCGCCCCCCUCUAUCUCGCAGCACUUUCGCUCGUGUAUGUUGCAAAGAAAUAUCGUCCUGUUCCUGAAUGGACGGUGCAAACUGCUGUUGGAAAUGAAUGGCUUCGACUCUUUUAUAUAUAUGCCGCUCGGAUCCAUCUUCAGCCAUACUUUGCAAAUGCAUCGAGGCUCAAGGAUCGUUACGUACUCGUUCAACCAGGGCCAUCUGAACUCUACACCGGAAUAGUUCAAUCAAACAUGAUCCAGCCGGCUCCUAUGCCAGGUAUCUGGUUUCCCGAAAAACCCGGCAAGAGUGAGAUCAAGUCUUGUAAGGUCGUUAUCCACUUCCAAGGUGGCGCAUUCGUCACUGCGACAGAUCCGGUGGACACUGGCAGGGUUCCAGCACGCAUCUUUACAGAUAAGUUGAGUGCAGCUACCUUCUACGCUCAAUAUCGACUAUCCCGGAAUGAGGAUUCGAGGUUUCCUGCGGCGGUUCAAGACGUUAUUUCGUUCUAUCGUUAUGUUCUGGAGCAGGGCGUAGACCCGCAGAAUAUCAUCAUCUCCGGUGAUUCCGCUGGCGGCAACCUGGUCAUUGGCUUAUUACGGUACAUCCAAGAUACCGCGAUCUUACCUACACCACGAGGAGUGAUGCUUUGGUCACCCUGGGUAGAUGUUAGCCAGCAUGCACUCUCCGCCUACGCUAAAAGCAAAAGUCUUCGCACUGAUUUCCUGAGCCUUGGCCUGCUGCAAUGGGGGAAGGCUGCCUACGAGCCUACAUCAAAUGGAGAGGAGGCAGAUCGAUAUCUCCGCCCCGUCAAGCACCCAUUUGGUACACAUGUACCGAUAUUUGUCAAUGCUGGAACUGCGGAGUUAUUCUACGAUGAUAUCAGCAAGUUUGCAGAUCGAAUGAAGGAGCUUGAGGGAAAUAAGCUCCUGUACAUGGAGACGAAGAACUCACCGCAUGAUGUUCUAGUUGCUGGAAGCUUUAUCGGCUUUAUCGGGGAGGCCGAAAGUGCGGUUGAGCAAGCCGGUGCCUUCUUUAAUUGUUGGGACUAA